ACCCCAGACCUCAGCGCGGGUGCGCGCGUCACGUAAAUACGGAGUGUGCGCGCACGAUCCUGUCCAAUUAGUGAUCCCGCGAGUAACGAGUUAAGUGGCCGGUUCCACUAGUGAAGUAAGGCUUUGUGGCAAAAUAAUGGACUAAUGAGUGCUACCGAUGAAAAGUUUAUGUGCAGUUUGAGUGCAACAGGAUGAUAAAUAAAACUAUGUAAUAAGUUAAAGUGAAGUGAACGCAAACCACGAUGUGUUCAAAGUGGCUGGCAAGCACCUUGUUGGUGCUUAGCGCUGCUUUGUCGGCGUGGACAGCGUCCCUGUCGGCUACUACCGGGACGCGCUACCAGGCUCCUGACGAGUGUCGGUGGACAACAGACGACGACGGCUCCGGGGUUGCGUUACAAUGCAGAUUAAGGACUAUCAAUAGCGAAUUGGAAAACACAAACUUCAGUGCAAUACAACCACACCUAACAGUGCGACUGCGGCUAGAGUGCAGUGAUGCGUUAUUCUUUCAAAGCUCACUUGCUCCUGGCAGUUUCCGACAGUUGAUUGAACUCCGUGAACUAACCAUUGAGUAUUGCAAAAUUGGAAAUCUGUCCGACGGAGCUUUCACGGGUUUACGCGAAUUGAGAAAUUUGACAAUACGGACACACAACACAGAUUGGUCUACUAUGUCACUUGAAAUAACACCUACCGCAUUCUCCAGAGACGUUCAAAGCUUAGAACGAUUGGAUCUGAGUGAAAACAAUAUGUUAACGUUUCCCGAAGGAGCGCUUUGUACGUUGAGAAACUUAGAACAUCUGAAUAUGACUGGCAAUAGAAUGAGAGACAUCAGUCAUUUCCAAUUUUCUUCCGCACAUCGACAUCCAACGGAGAAAUGUGGAGAUAAUCUUUUAGUUUUAGAUCUCUCUAGAAAUGUCAUAGAUACACUACCACCCAGUCUGCUUUCGGGAUUAAAAAGAUUGCAGAAACUAUAUUUACAAGGAAAUGGAUUAAACUCUGUGGCCGAUAGAGCUUUAGAAGGACUUAUUUCUCUUACAACAAUAAGGUUUUCGGACAAUCAGCUAACAAGUUUACCCCCAGAACUAUUUAGCGACACCAAAGAAUUAAAAGAAAUAUAUCUGAAUAAUAACACAAUAACAGUACUAGCACCGGGCUUAUUUAGCGAUCUUGUUCAACUUUUAGUUUUGGAUUUAUCACAUAAUGAAUUAACAUCUGACUGGAUAAAUACUUCGACUUUUUCUGGGCUGAAGCGGCUAGUCUUCUUAGACUUUUCACACAACCGAGUUUCGAAAAUGGAAAUUGCUUUGUUUCGAGAUUUACAUAAUUUGCAAAUAUUAAAAGUGCAAGAUAAUUACAUUGAGCAUAUUCCUGAAAAUGUAUUCAGCUCAUUGGCAAAUUUGCAUACUCUGAUAUUAUCAAACAACAGACUAAUAAACAUUGAAAGCUAUGCAUUCACAGGCUUACAAGUAUUAUCAGUGCUCUCUAUAGAUAGCAACCGCAUCACCAAAAUACAUCCACAUGCGCUUCGCAAUUGUUCCUCGCUACAAGAUUUACAUAUCAAUGGCAACAGACUGGACGAAGUUCCUGUAGCUUUGAAAGAGAUUCCUCAGUUAAAAACCCUCGAUUUGGGUGAAAAUCUAAUAGUGAGCAUCGAAAAUGCUUCAUUCAUGACUAUGCAACAAAUGUACGGCUUGAGAUUAACUGAAAACAAUAUUGGUAAUAUAAGCAAAGGCGUGUUCGAUAAAAUGACCUCAUUAAAAAUUCUGAACUUAUCAAGAAAUAAGAUUCAUAAAAUUGAAGCGGGCGCAUUUGACGCGAACGUUAAUUUGCAAGCAAUAAGGCUAGAUGGAAAUUACUUAUCCGAUAUAGGCGGUCUUUUCGCCAAGUUGCCUAAUUUGGUGUGGUUGAACAUAUCUGAUAAUCGAUUGGAAUGGUUCGACUACGCCAUGAUUCCAACUGGAUUGCAGUGGCUGGAUAUUCACGCCAACAGAAUCGCUGAACUUGGAAAUUACUUUGAGAUUGAAUCGCAACUAUCGCUCAGUACAUUUGACGCUAGUUCUAAUAGGUUAACUGAAAUUACUGGAAGUGCAAUACCGAAUUCGGUGGAAAUGUUAUAUUUGAACGACAAUCUUAUUUCUAAAGUGCAGUCUUACACUUUCUUCAAAAAACCCAACCUAACACGAGUGGAUUUAUACGGUAAUAAAAUAACCAGUCUAGAUCCUAAUUCAUUGAGAAUAUCAGCAGUGCCUCAGGACAAAUCAGUGCCAGAAUUUUUCAUUGGCGGAAAUCCGUUGGAAUGUGAUUGCACGAUGGAGUGGUUGCAAAAAAUUAACACCGGCAACAGAGCUCGAACUCAGCCAAAAUUAAUGGAUUUAGACAGCAUUUACUGCAAAUUGCUUUAUAAUCGCGGAAACUCAUAUGUACCUUUAGUAGAAGCGGCUUCUCACCAGUUUUUGUGUAAAUACGAGUUUCAUUGUUUUGCGCUCUGCCAUUGCUGUGACUUUGACGCGUGUGAUUGCGAAAUGACUUGUCCGAAUAACUGCACGUGUUAUCAUGAUCAAUCGUGGUCAGCCAAUGUUGUGGAGUGUUCUAACGCCGGUUAUGUGAACACUUUGCCCGAGCGAAUACCGAUGGAGGCCACACAACUGUAUCUCGACGGUAAUGACAUAAAGAUGCUUCCAAGUCACGCCUUUAUCGGUAGAAAAAGACUAAAGAUACUGUAUCUGAAUUCAUCUAAUAUCGAAGCUAUUCACAACAGGACAUUUAACGGAUUAAAAGAACUCGAAAUAUUGCAUUUGGAUUACAAUGAACUAACGACCAUCGAGGGUCAAGAAUUUGACGGAUUGGACAACUUACACGAAUUUUACAUAAACAACAACAAAAUCCGACACAUCGGCAAAGGCAUGUUUAAUCACAUGUCACGUCUCAAAGUUCUACAUCUUCAUCACAAUAGAUUGACUACACUCUCGGUGUGGCAAAUAAAUCCCGCCAUAACCGCAAUAACACUUUCAUAUAAUCCGUGGUCGUGUGAUUGCGAGUACACUGAAAUGUUUCGAGAAUGGACGAAGAGAGUGAACUCUAUAACGGACCUAUCAAAUAUCAAGUGUAUUUAUACGAAAGGGAAUAAUAGUGAAAUUACUACUUACAACGAAAGCGUAUACAGCGACCCAGAUUCUGGGUUUAACAUUGUGUAUGAAAAUGGAUCUACCUGCACUGGACUGCCAAGUAUAAACAACAGCAUCAACGGCAAUUUAACAGCGACUAAAACGAUAAUAACCAACGAAGAAGUGCAAGAUUACAUUCCUUUACUUGUUGCGACGCUUGGUGCAUUCUUGUUGGUGUCUUUUGUCAGUAUGAUUGUUUUUAUAUUCAGACAAGAAAUGAGAGUAUGGUUCCAUUCAAAAUUCGGAGUGAGAUUGUUCUACAGAGCAAGUGACAUAGAUAGAGACGAUAGAGAGAAAAUGUUUGAUGCAUUUGUGAGUUAUAGUUCUAAAGAUGAAGCUUGGGUAGCGGAAGAAUUAGCGCCUAUGCUGGAGCGCGGUGACCCCUCAUACAAACUGUGUCUGCAUUACCGAGAUUUCCCUGUGGGCGGUUACGUGGCCGACAACAUAAUACAAGCUGUGGAGUCUUCGCGUCGCACUAUAAUGGUUCUCAGUGAAAACUUUAUCAAAUCAGAGUGGUGUCGGUUCGAAUUCAAAUCCGCGCAUCAUCAAGUGUUAAGGGACAGGCGAAGAAGAUUAAUAGUUGUGUUGCUUGGUGAAGUGCCUCAAAAAGAUCUCGAUCCGGAUAUAAGACUCUAUUUAAAAACGAACACCUAUCUUCAUUGGGGUGAUAAGUUAUUCUGGGAGAAGUUAAGGUUUGCGUUGCCGGAUGUGCCUAAUAACCAGAGGUGUCGAGGGGUGCCAAGUCCAGGGCCAGGAGGUGGAGUGCCGAUGCAUAGACAUCAUCACACAAGGAAUCAUCUGGGUGCGCUGCCGGCGCCGCCAGUGCAUGGCGCGCUGCCUGUGCUGCCGCCGCACCCAGCGCACGCACAACACCAAGGUCCACCCAGAGCCUCCCCUCGGACACUCUCGGUUCAUGUGUAGAAAAGUGCUGAACUUUGGAUUGAAGUGACUGUUUGGUGUAAAAUUGUGAUGGCUAGUCUGUUGACGUAGGUAUUGUACAUAAACUAAUUAUAGUAUUGUAAAUAUUUCAACUAAUUAUAUAAUAAUGAUAAGUCCACAAUAUUUUACAUAAAUUUACUUUAUUUGUAAUUUGGUCGUACCAUUUUGUCAACUGCCAUUUACUAUAUCAGUUCCGAUAAAUUUUAGAUGCUAUAUUCUCAGUAACAAGUUCCACGCCUGUGUAUAAAGCGUGUUAGGCCUGCCUAGGCUGUGUGAAGGGCAAUGUGGCCCAAUACUAUUAAUGUGACUUAACAUGGCAUCACUGCCGAUAUCUGUGAUAAAUUUAGGUUAAGUUCGAUUAGUACAUUUUUAUGUAUAUUUUUGUAAUUUUAUAGUCAUAAAGCCUAAAGAAAAAUAUUUAUUGUAAAACAUUCGAAAGUCGACUGUGUCAAAAAGUGAUAAAUGAAAAAAUUAAAUAUC